AUGAUCACCAUAUCUGUUCGCAAGCAUCUGCAUGAGAAGUUGAGGUCUGUCUUUGCAAUGCUUCAUAGGUUGGAAGGUGUUUCGGAUCAAAGCUUUGUUCUAAAACAAUGGGGAGAGGGUGGGUCAGCUAUAUCAAGAAAAGAAGUGUCAUGGAAAGAAGAACCCAAAGCUCCAAUUAAACCUAUCAUCAAGCAAGAACCUAAGGUUAAGGAAAAACUAUUUAGUGAAGAGCAUAUCAUUGACAACAACGAAGAUGAAGAAGAGCAGGAUGAAGACGAGCUUAAAAGACAAAAGAUCAAGCUACAAUAUGAAGCUUCGUGUGCUAGCAAAAUAACUGCCGUGAAAGUCAUAGGGUUGAUUAGAACAGAAAGCUUCCCUAACGCGAAGUUCAAAGUGGCAAGAGGAUCAACUAGUCAGAUCUACAAAUUCACACUCGCAGACUUGCCUUGUAUAAACCCUUAUGACUGGACCAUACUUUGUAACAUGCUGCUGAAGGAAAAAGUGAAGUACAAACCUGUCAUGUCCCAUCUCCAAUUAAUGCUUCAAUCUUAUACUCAAGAAAUUGGUGAGAUGGAUGUUGACAUAGCUGCGGUACUACAAAUGAAACCCUCUAUUAUUCCCAAAGAAGCUCCAAAGGAUUUUGAAAAGCUAAAGCUAGGGAAGAUUCACAAAUAA